UAGUCCUUCAAUUGGGUGCUGUUGCGAGUCAUCCUUGUUGGGUGAAAUCGAAAUCAGGCCCCGAAAUUGGGGGUUCUUCUGUACUUCAGGUUGAUACUGGGGGAUGCUUGUGUACUUCAGCUAUGAACUUUUUCUGGUCAGGGAUCUUGGUAAAACAAGUGUUAGUUCUGAUUUAUUCUUGUUGCUAGCUGUGAAAUUGUUAGUUUUAGUCAGCACCAUCUCCACAGGAACGUUUGUUGGAGUUCAUCGGCCGGUUCCUUUCCUGGUUUAGGAGUAACUGCACUCAGUACUAACUCAACAUGAACGUGUAUUGUUAACUACUAAGAACUCCCUCACUUGUAACUAGAAGUGAAAUUGUUAAUUUUAGUCAGGACCAUCUCCACAUAACAGGACCGUGUAUAAUUGACUAUUUGUUCAUGGGUUGGUUGCGUUUCUGGUCUAGAAUUAAUGUUUACUGCACUUCAGUCAGUACUAACAUAACAGGACCGUGUAUAAUUGACUACUAUGAACUCUCUAACUUGUUUUGGUGCUGUUGGUCUUAACUUGUUGAUGUACUCUGUAUCAAAUUGUUGUCUUGUUUGUCAGUUUUCUUGGUAUAUCCAGUGUCUGAUACGUGUUGUACCUGUUUGUCUUGUCUUUUCGGUAACUAGAACAUGUGGAGCAGAGGCAAAUACCCGGAGUCAUGUUUUCGUCGAACAAAUAGCAGGAAGCAGUGCUCUUCCCUGUAAUGAAUAUGCACUCUGGGCGCAGCAGAACCCCAAGGGACCUGCGCCGUCAGUGGCUGCGUCUAUUCUGCGGAAAAAGCGACCUCGGAGAUCGCGUGAUGGACCUAAUUCAGUCUCUGAGACGAUCAGGCGAUGGAAAGAGGUCAACCAACAGCUGGAGCGUGAUCCAUCAACUGCAAAGCGGGCGAGGCGGCCACCAGCAAAGGGCUCAAAGAAGGGCUGUAUGCAGGGGAAAGGCGGGCCUGAGAAUACACAGUGUGGGUUCCGUGGUGUAAGGCAACGUACAUGGGGCAAGUGGGUUGCUGAAAUUCGGGAACCGAAUCGGGUCAGCAGGCUCUGGCUCGGAACGUUCCCUACUGCCGAAACAGCGGCUCGAGCUUACGAUGAGGCAGCCAGGGCGAUGUAUGGUCCACUGGCCCGCACUAAUUUCCCGCUGCAGGAUGGACAAAUUCCUGAUGUGGCUGUACCAGCUGCCACUCAAGGUGUUCUACUCCGUGGUUCAACAUCAUGCCAGUCUACCACAACAUCUAACCACACUGACAUUGCGUCUUCCGCACAUAAUUGGCUUCAAGCUCAUGAGAUUUCAAGUCCAGUGAGGUCUCAACAAGAUGUGCUGGAAUCUGUCAUCUCUGACUGCGGCAAACAAGAUUCUGUUCCUGAAGCUGGCUCAAGCACUUCAAGGAGCACAUCUCAAGAGGAUGUUUUUGAGCCAUUGGAGCCCAUUUCCAAUUUACCAGAUUGGGAGGAUGAAGGCUUUGAUAUUGAAGAGCUGUUGAGAAUGAUGGAGGCCGACCCAGUGGAAGCUGAGGCUGCAACUGGGGGCUCCUGGGACGAGUGCCAGGACGGAGCCAACACUGUCGCAGAGAUGACCCAACAGGAACCUCUGUACCUGGAUGGCGUUGACCCAAGCACGCUGGAGGGCAUGCUACAGUCUGCUGAUCCCUUGCCAGUGUGGAUAUCAGAGGACCGGAACAUGUACAACCCUGGCUUCCAUGAUGCUGAGCUAAGCGAGUUCUUCGAGGGGUUGUGAUUCCUUCAAGCGGCCAAGCCAUGUUUGUGGCGUUUGGUCGGCUUAGCGCAUCUGCCAGACACAUUGGUGUUGCUUCUGCUCCAAUGAAGAAGAUCAAACAGUCAACCGGAUUGGAUUCCUUGGCAGAACUAAUAAGCUUGUUAAGCUAGAUUUUUGUGCUUUGUUUGUAGUUCUGUUAGGCAUGGAAACUUUAUGUUUCAAGAAAAUUCGUGUAUGACGAUCUUUGGAAGAGAAGUGAAAUGAAAGAAAAGAAGUGAAUGCCAUGCAUUUCCUUCACCA